ACAACACACGCACACCACCAAUUCUCUUCACAACUCCCACAACGUGAUUUUCAUUCAAACCACAUCAACCAACCACGUCGCAACAUAGCCGAUUCUAUCAACAACGUCAACAUGCCGACCAAGGACUCGGAGAAACCCACGGCCACCACCGUCCAGGCAGCCGUUGCAAUGGAUGUAGAGGCCAACACGGCCACGGAGACCACCUCCUCCUCCCACCGGCAGAUGUGCGAGGGCGCUUACUUGUGCGAGUGCUGUCUCUGCAUCUGUGGCGCGCCGGUCGAUUACCCUGGCGACGUUUGUCACGUCUGCAGCAAGUACCACUGAGCACAUUCGAUACCGGCCCGGUUCAAGCAUGGUUAUGGAUUUAACGAAGGCAGAAGGCAUUCCUCGGAAGGGCUGCAUGGGAUGGGACACAAGGUGCAGGGGACGGUAAAAGGGCUCAGAGCAUCGAGCCCGGAGGCGACGGGUUAGAGGAGGCAUAAGUCUUGCAAUAUACCGGUGCCCGACCC